ACAGAGGAAGCAUCCUCAUCCUCAUCAUCAUCAGCAUGGGUUCGAAGGUUCAUGCUUUUUGUACCGUGAUUGGAGCUAGAUUGGUGAUGGCAUUGGUUCUAAUCUCAUGGGCUCGUUCAGUGUCGUGCUCUGUUUCUUACGACCAAAAAGCCAUUGUCAUUGAUGGGCAGAGGAGGAUCCUCAUCUCUGGCUCCAUUCACUACCCCAGAAGCACUCCUGAGAUGUGGCCUGAUCUUAUACAGAAGGCAAAAGCAGGAGGGUUGGAUGUUAUUCAAACCUAUGUUUUCUGGAAUGGACAUGAACCUUCUCAAGGAAAAUAUUAUUUUGAAGACAGGUUCGAUCUGGUUCAGUUCAUAAAGCUGGUGCAAGGAGCUGGUCUCUACGUUCAUCUCCGGAUCGGGCCUUACGUUUGUGCCGAGUGGAAUCUCGGAGGAUUCCCUGUGUGGCUGAAAUACGUCCAUGGAAUCGCUUUCAGGACAGACAAUCAGCCGUUCAAGGAUGCAGUGCAAGGUUUCACGCAGAAGAUAGUGGACAUGAUGAAGGCAGAGAAGUUGUUUCAGCCCCAGGGAGGUCCGAUAAUUUUGUCUCAGAUAGAGAAUGAGUUUGAACUAGUGGAGUGGGAAAUUGGUCAACCAGGCAAGGCAUACACAAGAUGGGCAGCUGAUAUGGCUGUGGGGCUUGGCACUGGUGUCCCCUGGGUCAUGUGCAAGCAGGCUGAUGCUCCUGAUCCUGUGAUCAACACUUGCAAUGGCUUCUACUGCGAAAAUUUUGAACCGAACUCAAACGAUAAACCCAAGAUGUGGACUGAAGUCUGGACUGGCUGGUUCACUGGGUUCGGGGCAGCAGUGCCUCACAGGCCAGUGGAAGACUUGGCAUUUGCAGUCGCAAGGUUCAUUCAGAACCGCGGUUCGUUUUUCAACUACUAUAUGUAUCACGGAGGAACCAACUUUGGCAGGACAGCCGGGGGUCCCUUUAUUGCCACCAGCUAUGAUUUUGAUGCUCCUAUUGAUGAAUUCAGUUCACUACGGGAACCAAAAUGGAGUCACUUGAGAGACUUGCAUCAAGCCAUAAAGCAAAGCGAAUCAGCACUAGUUGCUGCCGAUCCUGCAGUGUCAUCACUUGGAAGUAAACAAGAGGCUCACGUGUUCGAAUCCGGAUCUGGGGCUUGUGCAGCCUUUCUGGCGAACUAUGACACACAGUAUUCCGUGAAAGUCACUUUCCGAAAUGGGCAAUAUGACUUGCCACCAUGGUCCAUCAGCAUUCUUCCCGACUGCCAAACUGCUGUCUACAACACUGCCAUGGUUGGGGCCAAGAGUUCUCCUGUCCAAAUGGUGCCCAUAAAAAGCGCAUUCCCUUGGCAGUCGUAUAGAGAAGUAACUUUUUCUUUUGGCGAGGAUGGAGCUACAAAUGAAGGGCUAUCGGAGCAAAUUAGUGUCACUAGAGAUGUUUCGGACUAUCUGUGGUAUGCGAUCGACUUCACAAUAAGUCAAGACGAAGCAUUUCUAAUGAAUGGGCAAUAUCCCGUUCUCACCGUAUCAUCAGCAGGGCAUGCACUUCAUGUUUUUGUUAACGGUCAACAAGCAGGGUCGGUAUAUGGGGGACUAGGGAAUCCGAGAUUAACAUAUAGUGAUAAAGUGAAGCUGACGGCCGGCAUCAACAAGGUGUCACUAUUAAGUGUAGCUGUUGGGCUUCCGAAUAUUGGCUUGCACUUUGAGACAUGGAAUACUGGGGUUCUCGGGCCAAUUACAUUAGAGGGUAUGAAUUCUGGAAAAUGGGACUUGUCGAAAUGGAAAUGGUCAUGCAAGGUCGGUCUGAAGGGCGAAGCUCUGAGUCUUCACACCCCAAGCGGCAGUUCCUCAGUUGAAUGGACUGGAGGUUCAACAUUGGCCCAAAAUCAGCCCCUGAUCUGGUACAAGACAACUUUCAAUGCCCCCAGAGGAAAUACUCCAUUAGCCUUGGACAUGAACGGCAUGGGAAAGGGUCAGAUAUGGAUAAACGGUCGGAGCAUCGGACGCCACUGGCCUGCUUAUACAGCUCAUGGCACUUGUGGUGCCUGCAAUUAUGCGGGAACCUUUGACGAGAACAAGUGCCGGAGUAAUUGUGGAGAGGCUUCCCAAAGAUGGUACCACGUUCCGAGAUCGUGGCUCAAUCCCACAGGCAAUCUAUUGGUCGUUUUUGAAGAAUGGGGCGGCGACCCGACCCAAGUUUCUUUGGUCCAAAGAUCAGGGGGUAGCCCAUCGGAGAACAACCUCCCCCAUCAAGGGCCUGGUGCUUCGCAUGGCCCUUCUAUGGCUUUCUUAGUUUUCAUGCUGUUAUUUUCUGGAAUCAAGCAACUUCCAUUGUUCAGAUGAUGCUCAAGGGUACCAACAUUCAUUUUCUUUUUUCAGUCUUUAGAAGCUUAUAUAUGCAAAGGAUGCCGUAACUACUAACUCGCCUUUGACAAAGUGAAAGUGUGAAGUCAAGCAUACUAACGCGCCAUUUCAUUGAAGUCAUACUGAUGCUGAGGGAGGAGAAUGACUGUAGGAAAAUGCCGGUGUAUACAACAGUAGAGGACUUAUGUUAGUUGUCGGAAAUAGUUUUUACUUCUUUAGUUUUUGUUCGCGUCUGCCUUAGAUGACAGCUUAAAUUUUUUACUUAUAUUCUUCAUUUUUUUGGAAGUUUGUACUAGAAAGAAAGCUGGGUAAAUGCAAUAUUGGGGGGAAUAAUCCCGUUCAAUCAU